AUGGAGGUCGACAACUUGAACGUGCGAGAAAACUCCAAGAAGAAGGACCGUAGCAAAAUCCGUUGCUACAACUGCCAGAAGCUGGGUCACCACUCAUCCGAGUGCCAGAAGCCCAAGAAGAAGAUCUCAAGUCAGGAGCCACACAGUCGUCACGCGACCUCGGAAGUCCACGAGGAAUCGACGACUCAUGACGAUGUCGCGAUGUCGAGAACAUCUCCUUCGGACAUUUUAAGACUGCAGGCGGCAAAGCAAAGCCUGGGCCUCAGCGUAAAACGAUCCGAGGAGAAGAUCAACGUCAUGAUCGACAGUGGCGCAACUACUUCACUUUGCCGCGUUGUCAUGGGAUCUUGUGUUGUGCGUGAGAUGACCGUUCGAAUUGCGGGGUAUGACAAUGUGGUCUCGGACCCGACCCGAACGCGCGAAGUUACAGAGACGUUGGUGAUGUACAACAUGCGGUUCGACAAUGUCACGAUGACGAAAGGGACCUGA